UCUGCUAGCAAUUUGUUUUCUAUGUAUCAUCAAUUUGACCGCACUUCACGCAGUGGUCCAAAGGCUUUUGUCAGUGAAUAUGCUGUGACUGGAAAAGAUGCUGGUACGGGAAGCCUUCUCGCCUCUCUUGCAGAAGCUGCGUUUCUCAUUGGUCUUGAAAAGAAUAGUGACAUUGUGGAAAUGGCAAGUUAUGCACCACUCUUUGUGAACACAAAUGAUAGACGGUGGAACCCUGAUGCAAUAGUCUUCAAUUCCUCUCAUCUAUAUGGAACUCCAAGCUAUUGGGUGCAACGGUUCUUCGCAGAGUCAAGCGGAGCAACUCUUCUCACUUCAACACUCAAGGGAAACUCAACUUCUCUUGUCGCAUCUGCAAUCUCUUGGGAAAACAAUGGCAAAGAUUACAUACGCAUCAAGGCUGUAAACUUCGGAGCUAACUCAGUAAAUAUGAAAGUGUUGGUAACUGGAUUAGACCCGAACGUGAUGAGAGUUACAGGAUCAAAGAAGACAGUACUUACAUCUACCAAUGUGAUGGAUGAAAAUUCCUUCUCACAGCCAGAGAAGGUUGUGCCACAUGAAAGCUUGCUAGAGAUGGCAGAGGAGGAUAUGACCGUUGUUCUCCCGCCACAUUCCUUUUCUUCAUUCGAUUUGCUGAAGGAAUCUGCAAAGAUUAAAAUGCCAAUUUCUGAUUCUUCUUCCCAUCAGAAAACUACCACUGUGUGAAGAGAAACAAUGACAAAGGAAGUAUCGCUUCAUGUCAAAAGUCUCUUUGUGGUUAAAAUCUAAUUACAUUUUAUAAUUUAAAUGCAUAGAACGUACCCGUGUGUAUAGAUAAUAACAGUUUGGUGAAUAAAGUUACUUUCUUUAAUCA